AUGAUUGCCACACGCCAGCUGGUUUCCGUCUACCAACAGCCGACGAUGCGGUUAAAAAUUCCUCUAACAAUGGACGAGGUUAUAGGAAGUAUUGACGCCGAGAUGACUGAUGUUGAAGAGGCACUGCUUCAUCAGAUUGGUGCCAGGGAGGUGCCUUUUGCUGGAAUGGAUAAAAGCGGUCGAGGCGUCUGUUUGAAGCACGUUCAAGGAAUCUGCACUAUGAAUCUAGUCUGUCCCCUACGCCAUAUCGUAGGCGACAAAGCCGUUGUGUGUAAACAUUGGUUGAGAGGACUUUGUAAAAAGAUUGGUAUGCGUUUAUCGGAAAAUGAUCAUUUUCAUCCAAUUUUUCAAAUCAUUGAAUGUAUUGAGGGGGACCAAUGCGAAUUCCUGCACGAAUACGACUUGACGAAGAUGCCCGAGUGUUUUUUUUUCUCCAAAUAUAUGGCCUGUAGUAAUCGUGAAUGUCCGUUCCGUCAUAUUGAUCCAGAAACUAAGAUGAGGGAUUGUCCUUGGUAUGACAGAGGCUUUUGUCGACAUGGUCCUUAUUGCAAACAUCGUCAUCGUCGGCGUGUUAUUUGUCCUAACUACGUUGCCGGCUUUUGUCCUGACGGAAAGGAAUGCAAAUUUACUCACCCUUCGUUCGCACUCCCUGCUCCGGAGAACUGUGCUUCAAACAACAAGCGUCUGUUCAACCAUCAAAUUGUUUGCCAUAAUUGUCAUGAACGAGGUCAUAAGGCUACGCAUUGCCCUCAUUUGCCAAACCAACAAGGAAAGCUUUUUGGUGCAUUCCAGACGUCCGAAUCCAAUCCAAUUACAAAUCGCAGUGUGACCACAGUUCAACCUGUUGAUCUCUCUUUGUUCCCUGACAAAAAGAGUUUGUCGGAAGUUACCUGUUAUAAGUGUGGUGAAAAAGGUCAUUAUGCGAAUCGUUGUCACAAAGGAGCACUGGCAUUUUUAUCCAAUACUGCUCAUUUAGCUCAAGAACAACGAGAGAAGGACGAACGAGAAGGGAGGCAAUCAACUAGGUUUCAAAUGACUAAGAAGAAGGAUAAGGAUGAGAAAAAAGCUGAGAAUGGUCACAAAAGGAAGCGAGCUAGCAGGUCAAGUCACGAAGUUAAGGCCAAAGGUUAUUUGAUAGAUGCAACUACUGUUAUUGAUUGCUUGCACACAUUCUGUAAAAGUUGUCUACUUACUUACUUCGAAGACGAGGAUAACUGUUGCCCCAGCUGUGAGCAGCUUAUUCAUCAGUCACAUCCUAGUCACUAUGUGGCUUUCGAUCGAACUAUGCAAGACAUAGUGUAUAAAUUAGUACCUGGGUUGUUGGAAUCUGAGCGGAAAAGGCGUCUCGAUUUCCUUAGGGACAAAAAGCGAUUGGCAGGUGAGGAAGUAGAUGAAGAAGAAGAUGAGGCUGAGAAAAAGAUGAUUGUCUCAUUGAUUCCUGGAGCACCUGAUCUACCGAAGCCGACGCGUCCAAUUGUUCGAUUAAGUGGUAUGGCGACGGUAAAUACGCUUAAAAGCUACCACUGCCCAUUCGAAGUGUUAUUACAAGGUGCUUGCAGGUAUUUAGCGCAGUCUAUGUGGUCGAACAUGUCCCGAUACAGUGAGCUGGAUUUAUUUUGUAAUGACGAGUUAAUGGGUCGCGACUUCUCAAUGCGAUUCAUUCACCUAACUAGAUGUCGGAAUAAGCUGAAGGACGAACCAUUAAAACUCGUUUAUCGUUAUCAUAUUGAUUUUUAG